AUGAACCACACCAGCUGCAAUAUCACAGCCUACGAAAGCUUCCCGCUCGUCCAGCUCUGUGUUUACAUCCCGGUUUUCCUCUCGGGCAGCGUGCUCAACGCGCUGGCGCUGUGGGUGUUCUGCUGCAAACUGGGCGAGUGGACAGAAACGAGGGUGUACAUGGCCAACUUAGCCCUGGCUGACUGCUCACUGCUCCUUACUUUGCCUUUUAAAAUACUCUCCCAGUUCUACCACCUGAAAGUGGAUAGAUGGUGUCUCUUUCUGGAAGGUGCCUAUUUCGUCAACCGCUUAAUGAGCAUCAGCAUAAUCACCGUGGUAGCAGCUGACAGAUACCUCACUAUCAAGUACCCACUGAAAGCCAAGAUGCUGAGGUCUCCCCUGAAGGCCGCCCUUGCCUCUGGAUUUCUUUGGGUAGUCAUCAUUGGAACUAUUUUCCUCAUUAAAAAAGUAGAGACCCGAGAGCAAGGUGAACUUUGCUUUGAGAAGCUUUCCACGGAGCCCUCGGUGAUCACCCUGGGCGUCGUUAUCGGAGGGUUUUUCAUACCACUUAUUAUCUUGAGUUUUUGCUCCAUACGAGUCAUUGCAGAGCUCGUGAGGAAAAAAAAGGAAAAGUGUCAUGAAGAAAAGCUCAUCAGGAAGGCUGUCCACAUUGUUUCUGCAAAUAUGGCUGUGUUCAUCCUGUGCUUUUUGCCUCUUCACAUGGGGCAUCUCCUUCGCUUUAUACUGGACUCCACCAGCUCCAACUGCGCUGCCAUACAGAGGGUUAACAAUUUUGUCCACCUCGCCUCAGUCCUCGCAAACGUCAACUGCUGCCUGGAUGCCGUUUGCUAUUACUUUGUCAACAAGGAAUUUAAAAGAGCCUCCCCCAAGCUGGCAAAGUCCAGGUCGGAAGCCAGUGAAGCAGCUGAGAGCUGA